UCUCGGACGCCGGUUCGGUCAGUGCGAUGCCAACUGUGUUAGCGUCCGCGUUACACGAUGACGACCGUCGUCAAUCAUCAUCUUCCCCCGUGGUCCGCGGUCACCGCAGUGGCGUCCAUCGCCGCGAUCGUGUUCGUCUCGUUGGCGCCGGCGUCGCUGUGUUCGGUGCAGCAGUCCGGCAGCGGCAACGGGCUGUGGGACGACCUGGUCGGCAAGUGCGACGGUCCCAGGAACACGAUGGACUGCGUGCGCAGCCGGCUGUACAAUUACGUCGAUCACACGUUCGACUCCGACUUCAACAUCACCGACGGGCUGAUAUUCACCAAGAACUCCAACGACUACGAGUCCAUGUGCCCCCCCGGCAACAACGAGACCUCCACCACCCCCGCGUCCUACCGGGAAGCCCGAGCUCCUGAAAUGGAAGAAGAAGCAGCAGCCGAUGACGGCUGGUCCGACGUCACAGAGCAGCUGUACAAAAAGGGCGCCAAGUACUUGGCCACCCACGACUUCGAGGCUACUGUACCGAGUUUUUUGGGCGGUGGACCCGGUGCUAAGGUUCGCCUGUCGCCCAAAAAAAUAUUGCCCGACGGCGGUAUAAUCCUGCGGAUGGACGUGUUGCCGGCCGCGAGAGACGCUAGAUCGCCUAGGUUCAUGCACAAGAUGAUAAAGCAACUGUUCAAAAAGAAACUUAUGUCAAGCGGAAUGGCUCUUAUGUUGAUCAUCAAGCUGAUCAAAAUCAAGGUUCUGUUAUUGUUGCCGCUUUUGAUCGGAGCGGGAGCCGCCAAGAAGAUACUGCUCAAAGUCCUACUGUUCGUGUUCCCACCGUUGGCCCAUUUGUUCAAGCUGUGUUCGUACUACCACCAUCACGCCUCCAAGUUCUAUCACUUCCACCAUCACAAGGUGAAGCACCACCACCACCAUCUCAAGAUCCCUGUUCCGGUACCUGUGCCAAUCAAACCACCACCGAGCUACCACGGAGAUUACUACCCUGCCGGUCCCACGUUGGACCAUCCACCUCCGUCGGGACCAUACGAUUCUCCCGAGGCUUUGGGUGGAGGCGGUGACUAUUACAACCGUAACAGUUUGGAAAUGAGCAACGUGGUGUCUGACCACGCGGACGAGCUGGCCAGUUGGGGGUUGGGCGAGUACGGGGAAGGCACGUCACAGUACGACGCCCCCAAGUACUCGUACUCGGCAUCGCCCGCUCAAUACGAACCGCUCAAGUACGGCGGCGACGGCGGUGGAGGUCCUCCUCCACCAUCGCCGUACGCUGAGAAGUACGUCAACAGAGUGGACAACAAUCACGCCUUGGGCAGACCGCCACCCGCGCCGCAACAGGUGGCGACGCACGACCCAGUGUACACUCCGGUCGUACAGAAAUUGGACGAGAUAUUCCACGAAUUGGCCGUGGCCGAGGAACCAUGUAAAGAGAAAUUAGUGUGCAAGAUGUACGGCGACCCCGGAAGAUUCAGUCCACACAGCAACCUGGUGUCUGCGCAGUUGAGCAGCGAGACGGCUGCGAGUUCCGGCGGAAGGACGGGCGUCAGCGCAGACGCCGCGAGACUGUGGCGUUACGUACAGGCGGCCAAGGAAGGCCAAAACGGCGAAGACUGUCGCAUCCUCUAUCAGGCGUGCAACAUGAUCGGACUCUGAUGACGACUGACUCACCGAAUAAAAAAAAAAAAAUUUUAAAAAUAAAAAAAAAAAAAAAAAAAAACAUUUAGAAAAAAUGAAAAUUGUCUACUCGGUACGCCGCCGCCCGGCACACGAGUACUGCAAUUCACACGGUUUUUGUAAUGAAGGCGUUACAAUUAUUCAUCCUCGGCAGUAUUGAAUCACUUAAUUAUUUAUUUAUUUUUAAAUACGUUCAAAGCUAACCAGACACGCGCAACAUAUACGUAUAGGUAUAGAAUAAAGUAAUAUAAUAAUAAUAUAUUAUACGCACACAUCUAGUCACCUCAAUUCGUAGAUAUAGGGCAGCGGUCAUAGACAUACCUAGCCAGACAAUAAUAUAAAAUGAUAAAGUCGAUGGAUCAGCGGUUAUACUAUGGGCAUCGGUUUGUACGUAUAUACAACUGUGAAAAUUCGACUAACAAUAUCAUCAAUAAUACCCCUCGUGUUAUUAUUAUUACAACACGUAAGUGCCCACACUACAAUUUACCAUAAUAUAUAAUAUUAUCACAAAUUCGUAACUAUUAUUGUGAUGUAAACAAAAUGUAUCGAAGCGCAAACUAGUGCUCAUAAUCAUCUUAGACAAUGAUAAUAAUAUGUACGUUAUCGUAGGCUAAAAAAAAAAACACUCUAUUCGUCCACUGUUAAAUAUCGCACACGUUAUUUUAAUAGUUUUUAAAUGAAAUUGUAUUGCUGUACACCCUUGGUAAAUCUCUGCACGCUGCUCUUUAUGCGCAAUAAUGUCGUCUCCGUUCACAGGAGUCAGUUAUUAUUAAUAUAAUAUAGAACACUAACCGAUUUCAAACAUAUUUAUUAUACCUACGCCUUACAAUCCCGUGUCCUCACUCUCAUUAUCCUUAUAAUAGUAGUAGGUAUUGUAUUGUUUAGUAAUUUAUUUAUUUAUUAUUUUUUUUUUUUACCGUAGUGCGCACUGUAAGAUUCUUAGUGCAGUGUAUCACGCUACCAGUUUAGUAAAACACAUUGUUUAUUAUUUUAUUUAUUUAUCAACCUAUAAUAUUUAUUAUAUACAAUUUUAUUUGACGUGCCCAUAAAUUUUGAAUAUUGUAUAAUUAGUAGUUUAUUGAUCGAAACAAUGUGAUAGUUCAUAGAUUACACAUGUCUCAGUAUACCUACCUAUUGAAAUGUACAUAAUAUUAUAUGAUAGGUAGUGAAUUAGGUGUACUUUACAAUAUUAUUACCUAUAGUAAUUUAUUAUGGAAACUAUAUAUUAUGAUUAUAUCACUGAUAUCAAUGUUCGAGAACUGUAUGUAUUUUUUUUUUUUUUUUGCUGUUUAAAACCAAAUAUUAUAACUUUAUGAGUAAGUAAUAUA